AAAACCCCAAAAUCGUUCCACAUGUAACGACAUAUUACAAGGUUAAUAAAAGAGAGAAUUUGUUGUCACUCGAAAUGUUUUACGCUGUAUCUUAGUUGGAGUGGCAUUAAAAUAAAAUUACACAAAAAAUCUCACAAGAAAUAAUAAUAUUUCAUCAUAAAAGCUCUUGAAUACUUUAAUUGAUGAAAAUUACAUGCCCUCUCCAACCAGUUUACAACUGUCAAAGACAACGCUAUAAACCUCGGACGUUUGCUAUAAUAAACGGGGCUGUCAUUUAGGGGUAGAGAAAAAGAGCAGGAUAGCAGUAGUUCUGUUUUGUUUUCGGUUUCGGAAACAAACCUCUCUUUCUGGCAGACAUCCACCAGGAAAAACAACAACAAAAUCAGGAUCAAAAAAAUUGAACCAAGUGCAGGCGAACUGUUUUCGUACACCCGUUUCCCGUGCAAAAAUUUGUUGAAAAGUGCCACUUUGUAAAGGGAAAAGCAACUGCGCUAUGCUUUAAUCAACGGAAUUGCCACUGGUUUUGUAUCGAUGUGCUGCGCGCCGAUGUCCGAUUAUUGUACGAAAAUGGCUCUCCUGGAUGAUACGAACGGAAACACGGUGAACAUAAACAACCAGCCCGGUGCGGAGGCGGCUGGAGACGGGUGUACCGUUGGUGGAGCGAUGGUUCCAACAACAGCCGAUUCCGUUACGAUGCUACACUCACCUUCGAACGAUGAUCUGAGCCAAAGUUUGUCCGAGUACACGGACGCCGAUGAAAGCAUAUCAGCCCCAACCGAACUGCUGGCAGAAUUUCUUUCGGCCAUCAUGAUUCGUGACUAUGUAAAUGCGCUUAAGUACUGCAAGCAGAUUUUGCAGUACGAGCCGAACAACACGACUGCACGCGAUUUUUAUCCACACAUUCUGUCCAAAAUCAGCGAAAUGCAGAGCAAUGAGCUGUCGGGUGAAAGUGACGAAAAUUACAACUUUAACUGCAGCUCACCAUUAGAAUCAUCCGCUUCGUCUCCAUCUUCCUGUUCCGUUUCCUCUUCACCGGCAUCGUCCCGCUCGUCCCGUUCCUCGUCGUCAUCCUCCUCGUCCGGUUGCGAUAACAUCGACGAAGUAAUUAUGGUGUGUAGCAGCGACAGUGACGAAUCAUCCGAAGCAUGCUGUUCGUUUCCGGAAUCGAUUGGCAACGAGGAUGAGGAUGGAAAGGGUUACAAUGCGCAGCAGGAAGCACCGGACGUAGAGGUGGCGGAAGGUGACAGCCAUCCAUUGGUGGAGGAGGCGGCAACAGCGGUAGGAGCAGCGGUUACAAUGGCGGGCUCCCGUUCGCUGAGUGACAACAACACGUCCCAGUCUUACUCGAGUUUGCUGCUGGAGGAUGAGGAAAAGGAUCUUACCCUAUCCGACAUUUCGAACCUCAACAUCGAGGAAGAUGAAACAUCGAACGACUGUGGUGGCUCGCUGGAAAAUAGCUACACACCGCUCGAUGUGACUGCAGCACCGGUGGUGAAAUCGGUCCCUACCACGAAUCUCGCUUCUGCCACGGUAUUCGCCUCACGGCUUGUGGCAAUGUUACGGUCUAAGGUAAUACCGUCGAAGGCGGCCGGUGAUUGAUUCACCUGAAGGAAACAUCGUCCAGCUCGGGUGUGAGGAGCAGUGUGAUGAAACAUUCGACCGUUGGUUUUACGUUUCGCUUCGUUCAUAGAUCUCAGUACGGCUUGGUGGUUGCGAGCUGUGUUAAAGCUGUCUCGGCAUCCUUCGUAUGCUAUUUAGAAAGUACAACCCAAAACUGAAUAUGAUUCGUACAAAAAAAAAACACACUCUGAUACACUGACUAUAUAGCUAAAGAGCACCUAGAAUAGUUCAGCAUUUAUUUAAAAUUAUAUAAAUAUUUGAGCGAUCCUCCCAACGGAGGCUAUUAGUGGGUGGAUGAAACGAUUUGCAUUAAAACUUCCUAUCUUACCCGUCCAACCAAUUUCCAUACGUGUGCGCUAAUUUUACCGUUUGCUUUCUCUCGCAAACUAGUUCGCUUGAGUGGUUUGGUUUGCUAGUUUCUCUUUUACAUAUUUAUAUGCCCCAGUAUUCAGUCUUGUCGUCAUACAAGUUAGCGAAACGCCAAGGAGAGCAAAACGCGAAUAUAUGAAAUUCCUGUUGCGAUGCAAAUCAACGAGAUAUGAAGGGAACAAGUAGAUCGACCUUAGGCUACAAUUAGGUACGAACGGCUGAAAAACAAAACAAAAAAACAAACCUUUGCAUACAUCUAGUAAAACAUACAACCGUAUCCGUAACAAUCGUUUUCGUUACACCAUUAUUACACACGUACAGCAGAUUGCGUACCAGAUCUCUUAAAGACUUAGGUGUACUUCCGUAUCCUUCAUUCGGGGAAAAGGCAACGGUGCAGGAAAAAUAGUGAACAUUGAGCCUCUGAAACGUGGAGCAGAACACGGUAUACACGAACAAAACCAAACAAAAGAAAAAAAAAUACAUGAAAAGGAAACAAUAUUUUAUAUUUGUAGUAAUAUAAGGAAUAUGUAUUUGUUUUUUUGGAACAAAAACAGCCAAGUGAACAAAAACAAAAAAAUAGGUUACUAACCAUACAUAUUUGUGCACUAGUCAUCGUUGUAUAAUUGUGUGAACAAUGAAUCGGAAAAAAAGGAAAUAAAAUCAACAAAUAAUUUCUGUGAA